CGGAUAAGCUAACUUUUUAUAAGUGAGAAGGGAGGAGGAAAAGGCCAUCGUCGAGAGAAAUGGAGAAGUACUUCGGAAAUGCAUAUAGGGGCGACCCCGGCGUUCCUCACUCCGGCCAUGAGCCCUUCGUUAACAUAUGGAUUGGGUCGGCCGCCUUCUCUGCCCUCACCUGGAUCAACCCUUACAUGUGGCAACUCACCAACCAAUACAACUGGCAUGACAAAGCAAUGCUGUUUGAGCAAUAUCACUGGAAGAAGGCCUGUGCAAAAAAUGAGCCCUACAAAUUUAUGUGGAAUCAGAUGCCCCGAGAGGUUCGAGACAGCUACUACAUCAACUGGCCUGUCUACUUCCCUUAAUAUCCUUCUGUAGCAGCAGCAUGUCUUGCUCUGUUCAGUACCUAAACCUCUUCCCGUUUGUUUGCAGUCAAAUGCCGUAACAUUUCUCAAUUUGUCCUCGUCAUGUUGAAAUGUUUUCCCAUAAGUUGUGUAUGAACCUAUUUGAUGAAGGUCGAUAAACCUAGAGAUUAUGCACCUAUUUUAUUGUCUCUUUUCCACCAAAUUAAGUUUCUUUCUGUGUUUAGGAUAAAUUCUUCAUAAUGUCUAAGAAAAAACAGGAUCGACGCCUUGUUGAUUGAUAGUAA